ACCGGCAAGAGAGGUCGCCAAGAUGGCGGCGCCCAGGUAGCAGGUGAGAGGCAUGGUGGCGCCGUGAUCUUGGUCUUGCACUCGCUCCGGUCCGACUGAGGCGGCCUCGGGCUGAGGCCAUGGCCCUAGGCGCCUGCCCCGCGGACCAGCCGGGCUUCCUUGCGUCCCUCCUGGCUGGAGGGGUAGCAGGUGUCUCUGUCGACUUGAUAUUAUUUCCUUUGGAUACCAUAAAAACUAGACUCCAGAGUCCCCAAGGAUUUAAUAAGGCUGGUGGUUUCCGUGGAAUCUACGCCGGUGUUCCUUCUGCAGCUAUUGGAUCUUUUCCUAAUGCUGCUGCAUUUUUCAUCACUUAUGAAUAUGCAAAAUUUUUCUUGAGAACCGACUCCUCGUCGUACUUGGUCCCAGUGACUCAUAUGUUGGCGGCCUCUGCUGGAGAAGUGGUGGCCUGUUUAAUCCGUGUUCCUUCAGAAGUUGUUAAACAGAGGGCGCAGGUGUCUGCUGCUUCUGGGACAUUUCACAUUUUUUCCAACAUCCUGUGUCAAGAGGGCAUCCUGGGGCUGUAUCGUGGCUAUAAAAGCACUGUUUUAAGAGAGAUUCCUUUCUCUCUCGUGCAGUUUCCUCUGUGGGAGUCCCUAAAAGCCCUCUGGUCACGGAAGCAAGGCCAUGUGGUCGACUCUUGGCAGUCAGCAGCUUGUGGAGCUUUUGCAGGUGGAUUUGCAGCAGUGGUCACCACACCUCUAGAUGUGGCCAAGACAAGAAUUAUGUUGGCAAAGGCGGGUUCUCACACUGCCAGUGGAAAUGUUCUGUCUGCCCUUCUUGAGGUCUGGAAGACACAAGGGAUCUCCGGAUUAUUUGCAGGUGUUUUCCCUCGAAUGGCAGCAAUCAGCUUGGGAGGUUUCAUCUUUCUUGGUGCUUACGACCAAACACGCAGUCUGUUGUUUUAACUUGGCAAAGCAAGCCCACGAAUCAUGUCCGAAGGCUAACUGAUAGGCACUUCUUUUGAGUAAGAAGACAUGGUGUCCGUAUCUGGCAUGUCCCCACACCCCACCACGCUUCCCCUCCUUUGUGGGGAGCAGCAGCUGGACACUUGCAGCAACCAAAUGCUUUAUGUGGUCUGGAAAUCCAGAUUUGAUAAAAUUACAUUCAAAGUGUCUUGUCCAUGGGGUAGGCUGAGCGCAGUGAAGUCACAGAAAUCUCUCUGCCAAGAAGAGAAGUUAAUUAUGUCACCCAUAGCUUUCUGAAGGGGAUUCUCAGCCCCAUCCUCCACCCUCCACCACCACUGCUAAUGAACAAAAUCAUGACCCGCAAGAUCUUUCAUUUCCUGCCACCUGAGAGGGAGCCUCCGGACGCAGCCUCGGUCGGGAAUGCUGAAGCAAAGAAAGUUCGUUUGUUUGGGGACUGAUUCAUAUUGUGAAAGUUUAUAGCUUUGUUUAGACCCACAGGUGCAGAGCAGGCCUCCUCGCUUGGCAAUCAGGCCUGGGGCUUUAAUUACCUUCAGAUUUUGCUUAUAAACACAGUUGCUUCCCUCCACUACAAGUUGAACAUCCACCCAGCUUUUGAUAUGGGCUCAGCUUAGACUUCUGGGGGUAGAGAAGGACUCGGCUCAGCUGGGGCUCAGGGAAUGUUGGGUCAGUCUAGGGGUCUGUGUCUGCUUGCCACUUUUCAAAUCACUGAAGAUUUUUUAAAAUUAAGGGCUAGAAUUAUCAAAUCAGUCAAAUCUCAUGGUUCUGUAGAGCAAGCAGUGUGAAACGGUGUCUGAACGGAAAGUGAAAACUCACUUUGGUCAGUCAUGAAAACAAGGGGACUAGGUUUCUAAGUGGGAAAGGCUCCUAAGGGAGUUGGAAUGGCUCCUUCCUCUCUGGUGGCUUCAGCCACAGGCAAAAUCAGAAUUGUCCAGGAAUAAGAUUUCUGUUCCACCACCACUGCAUGGAAACAUCACUUUCUCUAUGAAGAGAAAGAAGAGUCCUCAUCACCUGCCCCACCUCCCCUCCCUUGAAGAAAAGUCCAGUCAACCCAGGAAAAUUAAUAUUUAUAAAUGAACCUUUAUUAAAAGACACUUCAAUGCCAUUUGUUAGACACGUCAAUAUUUUACAUGUUUUUUCAAUGUACAACAUUGUACCAAAUUUUCUAUAAAUAAAUAACUUUGUACACAAAA